AUGGCUAAAGUUGGAGACCAAGAGAUUAGUGAAUUUUAUCAGUCUGAUGGGGCCCAGGUUUUCUGGCAGUCCUCUAUGUACAUUCAAGUCUUGACAUCCUCUGAUAUUAAGCUCCGACUCCAGAUGUCACCUGAAAUCCAACUCUACAUCUCUGUUCCUAGGAAACACAAGGGCAUCAUUUCAGCUCUUUGUGGCAACGGCAACAGUGACGGCACAGACGACUUCACCAGCAGCAGCGGCAUCAUCGAGCUCUCAGCUGAACCUUUUGCUCUGUCCUGGAGUCUGGGCGCUUGCACUGUGAACAUACCCAGUACAUGCAUCAACACUCACAAUGGUGAAAAUUGUAUUUGCUGGCAGGCCUGUAUUCAAAGAACCUGUAAUUGUGGCAACAAUAUGCAGAGGUGUUUGUGCAUUGCAUUAGACAGCUACGCCAAAGCUUGUGCGAGUCUUGGGGUUUUAAUCGGUGACUGGAGAAAAGCUGCCAACUGCACUCCGACAUGUCCAAAGAACCAAGAGUUCUUCUACAACAUCUGA